UCACUUCCUCAAACAUAAAAACCUCUGCAGGGAAUCAUAAACCCUAAUCCUAUCUUCAACAUCAAACUGCUCUAAUCCCAGGUAAGUCCUCACCCUCCUUCUUAAUCCCAACUUGGGGUCCCUUCAAUGAACUGCCCCUACUUCAGUCUGGCUCCCCCAAUUUAAUGGGCCUCACUCAGUUCCACAACUCCAAGCUUUCACAGCUAAGUUUGUUUUCAAUUCCAUCAAUUUCAUAUCUGGGUUUCUCGCUUUUUUUAAGCAGUGUUAAGUCUCAGAGAUAAUGGGUACUAGCCAUGAACUAUAUAGCUCUGUUUGGUCCAAGGGUUUAUCACAGGGUUUUGUGUUGUGUUGUAAUUUCAAGAAAACUAAGCAGUGGGCGUUUUGGUGGGAAUAGAGGGGAUAAUGGGUUUUAUAGGAAUGAGUCUUUAGAGGAACCCGCAUCGGAAAGUAGUGAUUUUGAUCCUAUUUUGAAGGAGUAUGGUAUGUUCGAGAAUGAUAGACCUCCCCGGGAGCAUUUAUCGGCGGGACGAAGCUUCUUCGGGGAUGUGAGGAAAAGUAUUAGUAGGGUUCUUGAGGUUUUAGAGCAGGAUGAGCCAGGGUUUAAUGCGAAAGCAGCUCUGGAUGAGCUGGAGAUAAAGGUUUCAGGGCUUGUGGUAAGGGGAGUGUUGUUUGAGAUAUUGAAGGGGGUGAAUUAUGGGAAUAAGAUGCGGUGCGCGAAGCUGGGGUUUAAGUUUUUCGUGUGGUCUGGUCAGCAGGAGAGCUAUAGGCACACAACGGAGGCCUACCAUUUGAUGAUGAAGAUAUUUGCAAACUGUGAGGAGUUUAAGGCAAUGUGGAGGCUGGUGGAUGAGAUGAUUGAGAAAGGGUAUCCAACUACGGCGCGGACGUUUAAUAUUUUGAUAUGUACUUGUGGUCAGGCAGGGUUGGCUAGGAAAGUGGUGGAGAGAUUCAUAAAGUCGAAGACGUUUAAUUUCAGGCCGUUUAAACACUCAUACAAUGCUAUUUUGCUGUCCCUUCUUGUAGUGAAGCAGUAUAGGUUGAUCGAGUGGCUAUAUCAACAGAUGUUGGCAGAGGGUUACUCGCAGGAUAUUCUCACCUAUAAUAUUGUGAUGUGUGCGAAGUAUAGGUUGGGGAAGUUGGAUCAAUUUCAUAGAUUACUGGAUGAAAUGGGUAGGAGUGGAUGCUCUCCUGAUCUUCAUACUUACAAUCUUCUUCUUCAUGUACUUGGUAAGGGAGACAAACCGCUUGCAGCUCUUAAUCUUUUAAAUCACAUGAAGGAGGAAGGUUUCGAUCCAAGGGUUAUACACUUCACAACAUUAAUAGAUGGACUGAGCAGGGCUGGAAACAUGGAGGCCAGCAAGUAUUUCUUCGAUGAGAUGAUAAAGUAUGAUUGCUUGCCUGAUGUUGUAUGUUAUACUGUAAUGAUCACUGGAUAUAUUGUGGCUGGGGAACUUGAGAACGCCCUAGCGUUGUUUGAUGAAAUGGUCAUUGAUGGGCAGCUUCCAAAUGUAUUCACAUACAAUUCUAUUAUUCGUGGGCUUUGUAUGGCAGAAAAAUUUAAAGAAGCAUGCUCCAUGCUUAAAGAAAUGGAAUCCAGAGGCGUUAGUCCAAAUUUCACUGUAUACAGCACGCUAGUAAGUUACUUGCGAAAUGCUGGAAAGCUUUCUGAAGCACAUAAAGUAAUCCAACAGAUGGUAGAGAAGGGGCAGUAUGCCCACCUGCUUUCCAAUCUCAAGAGGCAUAGAAGAUGUUGAAGCAGCAGAUUCUUUGAUUUGUGAAGUAUUUACUUGCAAUCCCCAUACGAAGAAAGUAAUUUAAUUCGCCUUAGUUAACUUAAUGUGGCUCCUGGCUGUCUCCAGUGGCACCAUGUACCGCAGAUUGUUUCAGUAAUCGUGGAAGGAAAAUAGUGAAGUACACACAACUUAUCUUUGGCUUCUAUUUUUCAUGCAAACUGAUUGACAUAUAUGAGAUGCAGUUUGUCCAUGUUUUCCUCAUUA